AUGAAGAAAAUAAAUCAAUAGAUGUAAAUCAUUGCAGGUCGCAAUAGCCUGCAAGAAUCUCCUUAACGAUUGGAAAAGAAAUCCUUAAAAAACCCUGCUAAAACAGUUAAAACUGAAAGACCUUAAUAAAAAGGGAAGACUAAAUUAUACGAUUAUUUUAAGAAAGAAAGAAACUCAUUAGCUUAGGUUGUUAAUAACAUUCGGGCUAAGUUAAAGGGAAGUAAAAGCAUUGAUAAUAUGUUCCUUUAAACCUAAAAAAGUGAAAGGAUUAAAACAUCAUAAUAAAAUGUACAUCAUUUCAAUAGUCUAAAAUAGCUUAUUGAAUAGAGAGUAAGAACAGAUGAUGGGAAUAGCUCUAAACGUUUAAAUUUAAAAACAAAAAAUUUAUCAUUAGCUACUGUCUCAAUUGAUUUAUAGAAAAAAGAAUAAUAAAAAUAACCUUCAACUACUAAGUAAUCUUACAAUCAAUCUCCUUCUAAUCAGUCAAAACCAAUCUUAAAUAAGUCUAAAUCAAAAGACCAAUAUUUGUUUGAUUUGCUAAAAAAUGCUCAAAUGAUAUCAAAUCAAUACUAAUAAUAUUUUAAUUUGAAGUAAAAUAAGUAAUCUAUAUAAUCAGACACAUCAACAAAUCAUAGACAAUCAAUUGAAGAUAUGUUGAUAAGUUAAAAAUCUACUAAAGGAUCUCCUCAACCUUACAAUUCAAAAUUAUCAAAACAAACAGAGGGAGACUCUAAAUCCCUUAAUUAGGGAUAUUCAAAAACUGAAUCGACUCCUAUCAUUAAGUAAUAGUCGAAAAUCAAAACAGAUGACUCAUUAUAAUACGACCCUAAAAAGAAAUUAUAAAUAGUUCUAUUCUACAAAUAAACAAAAUAUUACUAUUUGUACGAUUAUGUGGACUAAAGGACGGAUAAUUUAUAUAACUUUCUUCUGGAAUAGAUUGCAAGUAUUGAAGUGACAUCAGCAAAGGUAGAAGGAGGAGGAACUGGCUCUACUGAAGAUUAAUACAUUUAAGAUGAAUUGAAUAAGAUUUGCCAAUUCAUAACAGUUAAUAAAAAUAUUCCAUUUGAUUAUUACCUUUCGUUGCCAGAUUUGCCUUUAAAUAUAUUUUAGGGUAUAACACUCUAAUUGUAACCUUUGUAUUCUCAAUUGUAAGAGACCCACAGAGUUGGAUUAAAAGAUUUUAAUCUCAUAAAAUGUAUAGGAGUAGGAGGUUUUUCAAGGGUUUAUUUGGUCAAAAAAAAAGACAAUGGCUAAUUUUAUGCAUUGAAAUUAAUUGACAAGAAGUUCAUUUUUGAUAAUGCGAAAGAAGUAAUUGUAUAAAAUGAGAGAGACAUUAUGGUAAGAAUGGAAAAUUAGUACAUCAUAAAAUUACAUUAUGCCUUCGAAACUAGAUUUUAUAUUGCAUUUGUUUUAGAGUAUUCUGCUGGUGGAGAGUUAUUUUACCACUUGAGAAAAUUGAAACGCUUAAAUGAACAAGAAGCAUAAUAUUAUUUUGUAGAAGUAUGCAUAGGAAUGGCCUAUCUACAUUCAUAGAAUAUUGUAUACAGAGAUAUUAAACCUGAAAAUAUUUUGUUGGAUUUGUAUGGUCAUAUGAUGUUAAGUGAUUUUGGAUUGUCCAAACCAAAUAUGGAAGACGGAGAAUUAGCCUACUCUUUCUGUGGGUCACCUGAAUAUAUGGCUCCUGAAAUGUUAAUGAAAUCAGGACAUAGUUAUUUAGUAGAUUGUUAUUGCCUUGGAGCUCUGCUUUAUGAACUUGUUUUCGGAUUACCUCCCUUUUAUUCUCAUGACACUUAAGAAAUUUAUAAUGCAAUAUUGACAGAGAAUGUUUAAUUUCCAGAUUAUGUGUAAAUUUCUGAUGAAUUGAAAGACCUGAUAAUUAAAUUACUUUAAAAGGAUCCAGAUAAAAGAUUGGGAAAAAAAGGUGGUAUUACAGAAAUCUUAACUCAUGUUUGGUUUCAUAAUGUUGACUUUGAAGGAAUAGUAAAUUAAACUCUGCCUCCUCCUUAUAAGCCAGAACCUUAAAGGUACAAUUUCGAUGAAGAAGAAUUUAAUAAAGGAGAUGCAGAAUUUAGAAAAUAGUAUGGAUAAAAUCUUUAAUAUGAAUUUUAAAAUGUAGAUAAAGCAAAUUAUGAAUUGGAAAACUUUUAUUAUGCAAGAUCCUAAUAAGAAUUCAAAAAUAGAACAAAAUUAGUUAAUACGAGUAAAUUAGUUUCAUAAAUUGUUUAAUAAGAACCAAUCUCUCCAAAUAAAUAAAUGAUAUCAAAAGUAAAACAUUCCCCUUCAGAAAGUAAAAGCAAUGUGAGACCAAACAUUAAGAGUGAAGCCCAUGAGUAUUUCAAAAAGCACAAUCUCUUCACAAGAUCUUCAUAGAUACUUAAAUAAUCUUUAAAGUAGGGUCACACUUAUUCUAAAACCUUAUAAUAGCCUUCAAUGUCAAUUCAAGAUUUAAAAAAAUUAAAAUAAUUGUUUGAUCAGUCUAAAUAAUUGUUAAGUUCUGAUAGAGUGACUACUAUUCCUGACUAGAAUAAUAAACAUGCCAUAGAGAGAGUGAAAACAGAAUAAAUUGGCAAUUUACCUUCUCCUAAAACCACAACCCAUAGUGCUGCAAAUAAAUUAGCUAAGUUUUCUAAGUUAUUUGGAUCAGAAAAGAGAAAAAAAUGA